GUAGAACGCGUUGGAGCGACCGCUCAUAGACCCGACUCAGUGCGGCAGUUUAACCCCGCUACUACGUCCGCUUUCUCGUCCAUAUCGCUUCCAUACCGCAUUAAUCUCCGUUCCGUUUUCCCGCUGGUUCAUCUCAUCCACUCACUCCUCUGCAUCAGAAGCCGGUCAUUUCCCCAUUACAGUACUCCAGCAGCACCCGGACUGGAUCCCAGACUGACUGGACUGGACUGACUGACUAAAUGACAGGAUCGUGAGGACAGGGCCUAUUUCAAGAUUCCCCACCUGUGGAGUCAUAUCAGACCCUGUUGAUGACAGCGAUUGCGGGGAAAUUGACUUCAAAAAUAGGAGAAGAAAACUUGGGGUUGGAGAAGAGAUUGAAGAGGAGGAGGUGGAGGAAGAAAAGGGCAGAGGAGAGAGAAAAAGAAGGAGACGGACGUAAAGACAGCCUAACAUGAUUCAUUCAAAUCACUCCAUCCACUCAGUGUUCUGCUGCUGCUGUGCAGUUCAGACGAGGGAGAUCAGCACACGCGUGGAACUGGAGGGAAGAACCUCCCUUUGUUUUCCAAACAGACGAUACCCAGGAAACGCCCGCAGGGUGGACAGGUCAAGGAAGAAGCUCCCUCUCCCCCCUCCAGAAGGGGACGAUAGCGAGGGCCCAGGGUCAGUGAAUGUCGUUGCCAUGUAUGACUUUAUCGCCAAAGAGGACACAGACCUCACUCUUAAACAGGGGGAGGAGUAUAUCAUCCUGCACAAACAGGACCAGCUGUGGUGGAGAGCACAGGACAAACACGGAAAUAAAGGCUUCAUCCCCAGUAACUAUGUGACAGAGAAAAACAAGAUUGAAGCAAACUCGUGGUACUGCAAAAAUAUCACUAGGACAGAAGCUGAACAGCUGCUGAGACAAGAGGGCAAAGAAGGUGGUUUUGUGGUGCGAGAGUCCAGUCAAAAGGGAGUCUACACUGUUUCUGUCUUCACAAAAGCAUUAGGAGCUAAUGGAGACAUUAAGCAUUACCAGAUCAAGAUAAAUGACAAUGGGGAAUUUUUCUUGGCCGAAAAACAUACCUUUACCUCCAUACCUGAGGUCAUACACUACCAUGAGCACAAUGCAGCAGGUCUAGUGACCAGAUUGCGAUAUGCAGUGGGGCCGAUGGGAAGGUGUGUCCCAGCGACAGCAGGAUUCAGCUCAGAAAAGUGGGAGCUUAACCCUAGUGAACUGACCUUCAUGAAGGAGCUGGGCAGUGGCCAGUUCGGUCUGGUGAGGCUCGGCAAGUGGAGGGCACAGCACAAAGUAGCCAUAAAGGCCAUCAGGGAAGGAAGCAUGUACGAGGAAGACUUCAUUGAGGAGGCUAAAGUCAUGAUGAGACUGUGCCACCCGAAGUUGGUGCAGCUGUAUGGCGUAUGUUUGCAGCAGCGUCCCCUGCUGAUCGUGUCAGAGUUCAUGGAGAAUGGGUGCCUGCUGAACUUCCUGCGGCAGAGGGGUGGGGCUAUGAAGGAGGCAUGGCUUCUGUCCAUGUGCCAAGAUGUCUGUGAAGGGAUGGAAUAUCUGGAGUCACACAGCUUCAUCCACAGAGACCUAGCAGCCAGAAACUGUCUGGUCAGUGAACACAACGUGGUGAAGGUCAGCGACUUCGGGAUGACGAGGUAUUGCUGCCACUUUCAAUGCGAGGUGAAAACGGAGGAUUGCUUACAUAUGCAGUUUUUUUUUCUCUUUUCUUUUCUUUCUUUUCUUGACUUCAGGUAUGUUUUGGACAAUCAGUACACCAGCUCGAGUGGGGCUAAGUUCCCUGUGAAGUGGUCUCCUCCUGAGGUUCUUCACUACAGCAAAUACAGCAGCAAGUCAGACAUUUGGUCGUUUGGUGUUGUGAUGUGGGAGAUUUAUUCAGAGGGUCGAACUCCGUUUGACAAACGAUCAAACUUGGAGGUGGUUAACGACAUCACUAGAGGAAUCCGACUGUACAGACCACAUCGGGCAUCACAGCCACUUUACGCCAUCAUGUACCGCUGCUGGCAUGAGAAACCUCAAGGUCGGCCGUCCUUCUCAGAAGUACUGGAGGAAAUCAGAAAACUGGCAGAAACCUCGGAUUAACACAAAUGCAUGUAAUUCUCAUAUUCAAACUACUUCUACUGUUGUCUUGAAUGUAUAAACUGUAAUUAACUAUGUUAACAUUUUUAUUAAACUUUUUACGGAGUU